AUGCCCCAGCUCGAUGGGGACUUGGUCGUAGUCAAGAUCGACUCUGCUUCCACUACAGACGCGCUUGAGGCCAUGGAGGAGCUCAAAAAUAGAUACAACAUCACUCAGCUCGACAUUGUGCUAGCCAACGCCGGUGUCGCUUCCACAGCUGGCCCUCUUUAUCAGACCGAUCUCGAAAAGUUCGACCAUGGUCACGCCGUAAACGUCCGCGGUCCUCUUGCCCUCUAUCAAGCUGUGCGCCCGUUGUUUAAGGAUGGAGCGACGUUUGCUGUGGUCAGCUCUGAGGUGGGAUGUAUCACUGGAGAUUGGGUCCCUGCUUUGGGAGCUUAUGGGAGCACGAAAGUGGCUCUGAACUUCCUUAUGCGUGGUAUCAACCAAGAAGAGCCCAAGCUCAAGGUAUUUGCUAUCCAUCCCGGUUGGCUCGACACCGACAUGGGCAAUGCAGGCGCAAAGGCUGUCGGAGUCGAUGCUCCCCCCGAGAAGCUUUCGGUGGCUGCCCCUGCUAUCGUUCAGCUGCUUCUUAAGGCGACCAAAGAAGAGACAUCUGGUUUCGUGUGGAAAUAG